GGGGAAGCCUGCUACUUUACAGCAUAAUGUGGCUUCAUUUAAUAUUUGUUUGCUUGCUCUAAAAUGUCAGUCACUAUAGAUGUUAUAUUACCAUCCAUUUUUCAGUCUGACUGCCCUUUUUUCAAACAAAUUAUUAAGAUGCUUGUCAAGAGGCCACAGCUCAGACAGCUCCAACCUCAUAACCAGCAACUACACAGAUGAUCCUGGCAAAUGCAUGCCUUCUGCCUCUUUUUACAAGUAAUGAAUUCAUUUGUGGUUCACUCCUGUUGUCCAGGCAUCAGAGAACCGUGCCCCUGCUCCUGUGACUGUUUUGGUCCUGUCUACUUACAAUAAAACAAAUCGAGAGCACGUAUUGACACAUGAACUAAAAUGUUCUGACUCAGGAGCGUGCACACCAGGAGGGAUGCUGAGGAUACUAUUCUUCAUUUAACAUCAGUUCCUCCAGAAAAUGAGACCACAGAGGCCUGAACAGGUACUCUACGAUUCAUCCUCAGUAUUGAUUUUGAAGUUCCAUUGUUGCUUAGGCCGUCACUGUCCCUAAUUUCUGAUGAUGGAUGCACAGUCGCCUUGGGCAGAAGAAGUACAUGACGAGGAUGAAGAGGAACUGGAGGAUACUGAAGCAGAGAUUUCUGGGAAACUGCCUUCAACAGGAAAUUCUGGCAACUUUCUAACAAAGAGAGGAAUUACACUGAGAGUUCUGCUAAAGGAUGGCCUGAUAGAAGCUGGACAGGGUGUUCUUUCUAUACACUAUCUGGGAAGAAAAUUCCAGGGUGACCUGUUAGUGGAUGGAAAAAUCAGAUGGCAGGAGAAUGGACAGGCCUUUAACUCUCCUAGCGCUUGGGCAACACACUGCAAACGGCUUGUGAAUCCUGCAAAAAAAUCAGGCUGCGGAUGGGCAUCAGUCAGGUACAAAGGGCAAAAACUAGACCAAUACAAAACAGCAUGGCUGCGCCAGAACCAAGCUCAUGGACCAGCUGCCGAAGCUAGCCCACUAAGCGAAGGAGAGGAGGAGGAUCUUAUUGAGGAUGAGGAAGAAGAGGAAGAAGCUCGAGAUGGAAAGUCAAGUAACCUGGAACAAGCAGAAUGUAACAAGAUUCAGUGCAAGGGAGGAACAGAUCAUGUUCACAGAUGUGGACAGGAGGAAAUUCGAAUACCUGUAAAAUAUUCCACACUGGGAAGCCGGGAUUCUGCAAGGGAUCCUCAUACCUUGGUUGAACUGACUUGCUUUAUGGCACUGAACAAAUUUCAGCCAUUUCAUGUGUCUGUCUCAAGUAAUGCUCUGCUGUUACUGGACUUUCACAGUCAUCUGACACGCAGUGAGGUAGUAGGAUAUCUCGGGGGACGCUGGGACACGAACAGCCAGUUGCUGAGUGUACUCCGGGCUUUCCCAUGCCGUGCACGCCUGAGAGACACAGAAUCUGCUGCUGCCAUUGAGGAGGAGAUAUACCAGAGCUUGUUCUUAAGGGGUCUUUCCCUUGUUGGCUGGUAUCACAGUCAUCCCCAGAGCCCAGCACUGCCAUCCUUGCAGGACAUAGAGGCACAGAUGGAUUAUCAGCUCAAAUUGCAGGGCACAGAGAACAGUUUCCAGCCUUGUAUUGGGAUGAUCUGUGGGCCUUACUUUCAAAUGAAUGAAGGAGUUGAAUCCUCUAUAUGUCCCUUCUGGGUCAUGCCUCCUGCAGAGAUGAUGUUGGUGGAAUUCUAUAAAGGUUCUCCAGAUCUAAUACCAUUCCAGGAUAUAUGGAAAGAAAACAAGACCUAUCUGGACAAAUUAAAGGGUUCCUUGUCCAGCCGAACACCAAAGGACCAUGGAUUUGGACCAGUUCUGGACCAAGUAUACACAUUUCUCAAACAUGCAGGCUAAAAUGACCCAAAGCUGAAGUUUGUAAUGCAUAUGAUCCUUACAGCCAAUUACAGAAAGGGAAAUUCAUAAAUAAAUGUGCUUCAGUCUUCAUUUGAUGACAGAAAGGCAAACUGUACUUAUGCAAUUUGUUUUAGAACUUCACACAUAGAUGUGCAGACUAAUAAAGCACCCCACCUCCAUUACAUGUGGGAGCUAAUAUGAAAUCAUAUACAACAGUGAUCACCAACCAGUGGCUUGCACACAACAUGUUGCUCACGCGGAUGUUGCUCCCAGUGAUCGCAAUGCAGGUUCUUAUUUUUGAAUUUAUGGCUUCAAGGCAAGCUUUAGUUGUAAAAAAGGAACAUGCAUACUGCCAAACUACAACAGGGGCUACUAGUAGCAUAUCCAAGUCCAUAUAUAGCACCCACAAGAAUUUUUUGCAUGUUUGUGUUGCUCUCAAACUUUUUUGACAUUUAAAUGACAAGGGGGACCUCUGAUACAAAGUGUAUCCUCUGAAAUAUCACAUCAGUUUUUAGAAUUUGCUGCGUUUUCAUUGUGCAAAACACGGCAUUAAAGGAAAACUAAAGCUUAUCCAAAGAAGUAAUGCAGACAUUUUGUACAUUAUGUUUUGUGGUUCUGUACAAGCCCAAGGCAACCACAGCCCUUUAGCAGUAAAGAUCUGUGCCUCCAAAGAUUCACCCAGUAACUCCCCGUCUUCUUUUCUGCUAAUUCACUGCACAUUUUCUGUGCUGUCAGACUGACUCUAACUAUACUGCAUAUAUAGAAUAUAUUAAUAAGGCUGAUAAUUAAAAUUCUAAUUACAUGGAAGCUCAGAAACUAGUUGACUUGAUGAGAUGAGAGUGUAAUGAUCAACUCUGUAGCAACAGCUUCUAUGAACAUCUGAACCUCUUUUUUUGCUUGAUGAUUUGCAACAAACCUAAGCUUAGCAUCUUAAUAGCUGCCCAGAGCACACUGAGAAUGUGCAGUGUCAUUGACACAAAAUCCAAGAUGGUGACACUCUUUGCACAACACUAAAGGCCGGAAACAUUAAUGUUAGUACACAAGGCUAAAGCUUCAGAAUCUUUCUAAGUUCUGUAUAUAAAAUCUGGCUUCUACCCAUAUUUGUUGUUAGGGUAACAAUAGGCAAGUAAAUCUAAAAUACAUUUUUAUCCCACUACACAUACAGAAUAUGUUGGUGCUUUAUAAAUAAAUGUUAAUAAUAAUGUUGAUACACACCCAAUGAUUUAACAGUACAUUGAACCAUCAAGCCACCACCAAGCACUUUUUAUGAUUUAUUUCUUGGUAUGUAAACAGAUAUUCUGUAUUUAAUUGUCCGUAACCUUAAUUGUAAAAAGCGGAUAAGAAUGUAAUACAUGGCUUUUAUUGAUGUAUAUUCACUUCAUUUACUAAUAUGCACAUGUGUGCAGUUUAUGAAUUCUGUCAGUACAGGUAUCGGACCCCUUAUCCGGAAACCCGUUAUCCAGAAAGCUCCGAAUUACGGAAUGCCCGUCUCCCAUAGACUCCAUUUUAAUCAAAUAAUUCAGAAUUUUAAAACCGAUUUCCUUUUUCUAUGUAGAAAUAAAACAAAACCUUGUAAUUGAUUCCAACUAAGAUAUAAAUAAUAAAUUAUUAAUAUAAUCCUAAUAAUAAUCCUAUUAAUCCUAUUUUUAAUAGACUUAAGGUAUUGAGAUCCAAAUUACGGAAAGACCCCUUAUCCGGAAUACCAUUGGUCCCGAGCAUUCUGGAUAAUGGGUCCUAUACCUGUAUUGCAGGUUUUUACUAAGAUAAACAUUAGGUACCAAUAGAAGCAAUCAUUUUAAAAUCAAGGUUACUAUAUUGGAGAAAAGAUACACAAUCCUAUGCAUUUUAACAAAUUAAACACUCGUUCUGGCUUUUGGGGCUUUAGAUACUGUUUAUAAUGGUCAUUUAUAUGUAAAUUCCUUGUGGGUACAUUCUUAAAACAUUAGCCAUAUCACAAGACAGUAAAACUGGAGAAUGUUUAAAAGCUGAAAGAAAAAGUAAAAUAAAACAUUCAAGUGUCUAAACGAA